AUCUAACACAAUGUUGACCUUCGCGAUUUUAGAUUCUUUCGAAAUAUGAUCAACGUGUGUUUCAUUGGUUGGAUAUAUCAUUAUUCACAGUAAUUGUGCAGCUAAGUAUUCAAAACGCAUAGAUGGACAAAGAUCGUCGUUAAGAUUGCCGUUUAGCGGAGGCUGUUGGUCUAAUAUUUCUGAGGUGGUUUACGAAUAAUCAAAUAUGGCUCUGAAAGCUGUUGUUGGACAAAAAAUCAUGAAUGAGGUUAUCAAACAGAAAGGGUCGAAAAAAGGUGCCGAUAAAGGUGGUAUAGAAUGGCGCGUUAUGGUGGUUGACCAACUGGCGAUGCGAAUGAUAUCAGCUUGCUGUAAGAUGCACGAAAUCUCGGCCGAAGGGAUAACUAUUGUGGAAGAUUUGCAAAAGAAACGUGAACCAUUGGCUACAUUAGAAGCUGUGUACUUAAUAACUCCCAGUGAAAAAUCCGUAGCUGCUCUUAUUAGAGAUUUCUCUAGUCCUGGAAAAUCCAUGUAUAAAGCUGCUCAUGUUUAUUUUACUGAAGCAUGCCCCGAUGAGUUAUUCAACAAAUUAAGUUUGUCUCCAGUCGCAAAAUUCAUUAAAACUUUGGUGGAAAUUAACAUAGCGUUUAUAGCAUAUGAACAACAGGUAUUUUCUUUAGAUUCCCGUGAAACUUUUCAGUGUUACUAUAAUCCUUUGUUAGUAAGCAGUCGUGUACCUAAUAUGGAGCGCAUAGCAGAACAAAUUGCUACUGUUUGUGCUACAUUAGGAGAAUAUCCAUCAGUACGAUAUAGAAGUGACUUUGAACGCAAUGCUGAAUUAGCUCAGAUUGUUCAGCAAAAAUUAGAUGCUUACAAAGCUGAUGAACCAACAAUGGGCGAAGGUCCAGAAAAAGCUCGUUCACAAUUAAUUAUACUUGAUAGGGGAUUUGAUUGUGUAUCUCCAGUUUUACAUGAGCUCACUUUUCAAGCUAUGGCUUAUGAUCUUUUGCCAAUAGAAAAUGAUGUCUAUAAGUAUGAAGCCACUGCAGGAGCCGCUUUUAAAGAAGUGUUGUUGGAUGAAAAUGAUGAACUAUGGGUAGAGCUAAGACAUCAACAUAUUGCUGUUGUAUCUACAAACGUGACUAAGAAUUUAAAGAAAUUCAUUGACUCUAAACGCAUGUCAGCUGUUGGUGAAAGUAAAUCUUCCAUGCGUGAUUUGUCUACCAUGAUUAAGAAGAUGCCUCAAUAUCAAAAAGAAUUGAGUAAAUAUUCUACUCAUUUACAUUUGGCUGAAGACUGCAUGAAGUGUUAUCAAGGACAUGUCGAUAGACUGUGUAAAGUGGAACAAGAUCUUGCUAUGGGUACAGAUGCUGAGGGCGAGAAAAUCAAAGAUCAUAUGAGGUGCAUUGUACCAAUAUUAUUGGAUCAGAAUAUUUCCAGUAAUGACAAGAUGAGAAUCAUCAUACUGUAUGUUUUGUCUAAGAAUGGAAUAUCUGAAGAGAAUCUUAAUAAACUGGUACAGCAUGCUCAGUUAUCACCAGCUGAUAAACAAGCUAUUGUAAAUUUGAAUUUACUUGGUAUCAACACUAUUGUAGAUGGUAACAGGAAAAAACAAUACCAAAUAACACGUAAAGAGCGCAUCACAGAGCAGACAUAUCAAAUGUCUCGUUGGACACCUGUGAUCAAAGAUUUAAUGGAAGACUGUAUUGAAGACAAAUUGGAUGCCAAACAUUUUCCUUUUCUAGCUGGUAGAGCUGCUUCAUCUGGUUACCAUGCACCUACUAGUGCACGAUAUGGACACUGGCAUAAGGAUAAAGGUCAACAAUUAAUCAAAAAUGUACCCAGAGUUAUAGUGUUUGUGAUUGGAGGAGUUAGCUUUUCUGAAAUCAGAUGUGCAUACGAAGUAACAAAUAAUUUCAAAAACUGGGAAGUUAUAAUAGGUUCAUCACAUGUCCUUACUCCUGAAGACUUUCUUAACAACUUGUCUGCCUUGAGUCAAUAAGUAUUGUCCAUUUCUUCCACUCAUCACACUGUUAUUCUUUCGAAAUAUUAAUGUAGCCUUAAAUGUGACAUUAAAAAAAAAUUAAAUAAUAAUAUAGUAUAGGGUUAAUACUAGUCGAAAAAUAGUAAAAUGCCCUCAAAAACUAACUAGUUAUUUAUGAGUUUCAAGAACUUAACAGUAUUUAUAUUUAUUGAAAAACUUAUUUUUUUCAAAUUAUUCUUUAAUCUAGCUUU